GUACUGUACUUUAAAGUAGGAGGAGCUAACGAGGCGCACGAUUGUGUCUACGCUGUGUGUGCGGACACACUCAAGUGAACGCAUGGACGCUCCGUCUCGCUCUUUGACCGAUUUAAGUGCCUUGCUCGUCGUCCUGCAGCUCCUGCUACUAUUCCUGUGAGCGGCGAUACAGUUGUGCACUGACUGUUCUCCUUACCUGAAUAUGAAUAUUAUUUCGAUUAAAAUUGAAAUUCAGCACCGUAUGUGUAUAUGUAGUCCAGUAUCCUUUUGUUCACAACAAUAUAAAUCCGAUAAGUUAGUCGGUUGACUCCUCCCAUUUACAAGAAAGAUCCGCUUGAAGCUUGAAAUGUUCCUCCAUCCGUCGUCAGCUACUGACGUUGUCAAGAUGCUCUGCAGUGCGCAUAUGCUGCAAGUUUACGAUUCUUAUCGGGUAAUCGUGUUAUGAUGUUAUCAGAAUUUUAUGCAUUCCGGAAUUCCUUUGCGUCAAGUACAUUUAUGGAAUAUUUUUGCUCGGGGAAGCUUAAGCGUACAAAAAAUUUUCGAUCGAUAUUGAAAAUGAGUUAGUGCUGGCUGGAUAUGAUUCACUACUCAGACUACUGUUACGCUUGCUGACUUGACCGUUGGAGUUAAUCUGUGCAAGUGCAACGCGGAUCAGAGUCAAUCUGAAUUGAUCGUCAUCAAAUAAACCCAACAGCUUUAAUUUUCGGACAAUGCAAUUUUGCUUCGUGGAUGAUCGUGUAAGAGCCAUAAAAUGGGAGCUCCUGACGGGAUGGUAGCUGCUGUAAGACCCAGCCGAACCAACGUCGUGAUGGAUCCACGAUCGCAUGAUCGUGAUACGCUGCGGACGAUCAUUGCACAGUGGAAUGCCAAUCGUCUGGACUUAUUUGAACUGAGUGAGCCUGAUGAUAACAUGCAGUUCUACGGCGUAAUGCGCUUUUAUUUCCAAGAUGAUUCUCAGAAAAUUGCCACCAAAUGCAUUCGAGUGUGCAGUGCGCAAACUGUGCGCGAAAUCGUCGAAAUAUUAAUCGAGAAAUUUCGACCCGAUAUGCGCAUGUUAUCAGUUCCUCAUUUUAGCAUCUAUGAAGUGCAUGCCAAUGGUGAGGAAAGGAGACUACGUGACGACGAAAAGCCUCUGUUAGUUCAGCUGAACUGGCACAAAGAUGACAGAGAGGGACGAUUUCUGUUGAAAAAUGACGACGGUGCCGAAAAAACAAAAAAUGGAGAGCACUCGAAAAAGUCUGCUCGGAUUAUGUCGAAGCAAGAAAAGAAGGAACUGAAGAAGAAGGAAAAGGAGGAAAAAUUGAAGAAAGCUAACGAAGCUCUGGGUAUUGUUUACGAUUCAAAAGAAAAUGAUGCGGAACGCCUGUUUAAGCAGCUUCCGGAAACCAGUUUCCAUCGCAGCAUCUCCAAUCCGGAAGCCGUUAUGCGUCGUAGACGGCAACAGAAACUGGAAAAGAAAUUACAGCAAUUCAAAAGUAAAGAUGGUGGUCCGGAUACGGGUGGGACUUUGAAAAUCUUUGGUGAGAGUAUUAAUCCGGAUGUUCCAUACAAAACACUGCUGCUGUCCAUCAACGACACAGCGGAAAUGGUCAUUAAACAGACGCUGGAGAAAUAUGGUCUGGAACGUGACGAUUACUCCGAUUAUCGACUGGUGCAGGCCGUUUUGCCGGUGGGAUCGGAUGCUGGCACCGUUGAUCCCAGUCUGAUUAAGGAAAAAAUACUCUCACCGUCCGAUUGUCCGCUGCAGAUUUUGAUGAGAUUUCCUGCUCAAGAGGGUAUAUUGAUAUUUAAUUUGAAGAAACGGUCCGAUUUAAUCGCGAAUGACCAUAAAACGGAAAACGGAAUCACCAGACCGUUGCUGUCCCAUAAUCCAUAUUUGGUGGAGGUAUUGCCGAAUGGGCUCGGACAGGCGGUGCAGUUAUUUCCUGGAAUUACUGAAGUGGGAAAUGAUCAUUUGCGACUGGGCGCUGCCAACUUUUUCCAUCUCAGCUCUCCAGAUGUUUUGCCCAUACAUUGUGUAUUUAACCGGCUGGAGGCUACAGUGACUGUUUGUCCAGCGGUCCCAAGCGCUUUCCUCACCAUUGAUGGAAGGAAAAUUGAAAAUCGUGCAAUUGUGGAGAAUGGGGUGGCUAUUCGAAUUGGGCAGUGCCAUGUUUUCCGCUUCUUUUCUCCACAGAGUUUCAAUGAGACAGCUAAACCGGUUCCUUCUUUAAACCGCGACAAAUUACAGCUUCCUCUCGCGUCGGUUGCGCUGCCGAAACGAUCUCCGGAUGGUGAUUUGCGAAAACAUGUGGCCUUACAAAUGGAUACGAGUGAGCAUGACAUGAUGGAUACUGGAUCUUCUGUGCACAGUCAUCGAUCGUCUCCGGAUGUGCAUGUUUUUGGUCGUCAUAACGGCUUAUCCAGCAAAUUGCCUAUUCUUCCGGCCACAAUUGAAUUCCGCGAAGAUCACGAAGAUAUUUUCCUGGCCGGGGUCAUUCUGCAUUCAAAUCCCAUGCAGAUCACGUUCAAAUUAUCUCCCGCCUAUGUCCUGUACAUAGCCGCCCGAUAUCGUGCUUCGACCAAUUUCCGCCCAGAGAUUGUUCCCACGGAGCGUGCCCACCUGCUGACCAAAUUUCUCCACAAAAUGGCUACCGUUUUCGUGAGAGUCGUGGAAGAGCACGCAAUGGAUGGGGAAUAUUUGGCGUUUUGGCUGGCUAAUGCCUCCGAGCUGCUCCAUCUCCUCAAGCUAGACCGCCACAUGUCGCCGUAUGGAGCAGAUGCCCAUGACAUACUGGCCGAUUGCCUUCAUAUGGCUUUUCAUCACCUGACACUCCAACAGCAGGAGCAGUUGGCUGGUGUAUUACCGGGGCUAUUCAAGCUUGUCUCAUCCGACAGCGGCUGGGGUGAUGUUUUGAAUGUCCUCUCAGUGACCAUGUCGCUAUUGCGGCGAUGCCGACUCAACGCCGCGCUUACCAUUCAGCUAUUCUCGCGUCUAUUUCAUUUCGUUAAUGUGUGGCUUUUCAAUGCUUUGAUCCGACAUCCCGAACACUGUAAUGGACAUUUUGGGAAUUGGUUACGAGCUGGAUUGGAUCAUGUUCUACAGUGGGCUGAAAAGCAGGGCUUGGAAUUGGCUGCUGAUUGUCAUCUCAGUAAAAUUAUUCAGGUCACUAAUCUGCUCGAUUUGCCUAAGGAUGAGUCGUUUUUCGCCAACUUUGCUUCGGCCUGUUAUCGGCUCAAUUCCAUUCAAGUGCGCUUUAUUAUGGAGCAUUACAUGCCCGCCCCACAGGAAUACGUCACGCGUGAUCUAGUCGACAACGUGGUAUCCAUCGCCAAGAAUCUGGUCGAUGAGCCGGCCCAACUGAAUGGAUCAACGGUGCAGUUAGAGGAAGACAUGGCUUUGUCGGCCCAGUUUCUCAUUCCAGAAGACGGUUACUCUGUGGACGUUGUGUGUGGCGUUCCAACUGGACUUCAUGAGUUCCUUGAACCACUGUGCCGCUCAAAAAUUUGCGAAAUGAGUGUUCACCCGUUCUCCCAAGGAUUGUGGACUGUCUAUCUGACACCUUCAUCUGGAAAUCACUCUCCUUCAACAUCGUAUGAUGGUCGAGUCAUGCAUCCCACGCAACACCUCCCAAACGUAAUGGAAAUAAGUUUCCAGAAAGGCAGCAGCGGUAUUGGACUGAGCAUUGUCGCAGCGCGAGGCUCAGGGCAAGAAAAGCAAGGGAUCUAUAUUAAAUCCGUUGUUCGUGGUGGCGCUGCUGAUCAUGAUGGACGUUUGUAUUCGGGUGACCAGUUGUUGAAAGUAAACGGAAAAAGUCUGAUCGGAGUAAGUCAGGAUCGUGCCGCUGAAUUGAUCGCCCAGAGCGGUCAAACAGUUCAUUUGGAAGUGCUGAAACAGGGAGCAUUCGCUCAUGGCCUUGCCACUAUGCUCAACAGCCCUUCACCUCCUCCAACUGCAGUGAAGCCUCCCAUUGCGAACGGUAUCGAUCGCAACACCUUGUCAUUGACUCGGGAAUCCAAUCCCUAUUUGCGCAAUGGCAGCGGUUACGUAUCCCAGAAUUUCACGGAAUUCAUGCCACCGGAAGUGAAUAAAUUGCGUGUAACAAAGCCGCCUACGGAUGUGAAAUCACCUAAUCAAGCGCCCGCAAAUCGUUUCCAGUUCCAGACUGAUGGAUAUCAGCCGCCGCAGGGAUCAGUGACCGUGCGCUCUCCAUCUCCGGUCCGCGAGCUGAUUGCCGCGCAGAUGCAUUCGCAAAGGGAUAAAAUCCGUCAGGAAGCAAAGAUGCUGGAAAUGGAGGAUGAAUUGCGUCGACGUCGCGAACAGAUUCAUCAGAAUUCGAUUAGAGAAAGGUCUCCGGUCCCCGUCACUCGUCCGCCUCCCGCUGUUGUAGCACGACCGUUGGGCGGUUCUCAGCGCAGCGUGAGCAUGGAGCGGAUGGACAAAACGGGAAGGCCACCAGGCGAGAAACGGGUGCAGUGGGCAGUUGAUAGUCCUAACCAGUCUCCUAGCCCUACGAUUCAACUUCAUCCUGUCAAUGUGCAGCAGGUACGUCCAACAGAACAGCCAGUUCGCAUUGCUGUGCCUCCACAUCCCGGUAACUCAACUGCUCGAGUUCCGAUAGCCCAAGAAAUCCAGUCGUGGUCUCGUGGAUUUAAAGAACGCGGCGAAAAUGGUGGCUCACCUACAUCAUCUCCAUGGAACCGCGAAGAAACACAACGGAUAAAGGAAGAACGCAUCGCAGAAGCCCGCAGAGUUCGAGAUAAUGAAAUCGCCGCUUUACAGAACCGGGGCGAUCUCAGUGAACAUGAAGAGGAGCGAUUGCGAACUCUCCUGCUGGAACGAGAUUUUCAACGCCGAGCGGAAGAAGUACUGCACCGCGAAGACGAGGAGGAGGAAGCCGAGGACGAUGAUGAACAAACGCCUAACCUUCGGCAAGUUCCGGUUAACGUUGUACCUGUUCCAAAAACAUCCGUUCCGAAGAGCGCUCCCCAUCUGCAUCACCCAGCUGCUGCCGCGGCUCCAGAGGUGUACCGGACCAAACAGCAGGAGGACUAUGACCAGUUUCUGCGUCGACAAGAGGCUCAUGCUAUUAACGAAGCAAUGCGACGAAGUCGGGACCAUUUGAACAACGGCAGUAAUGGCGUCCAAUAUGUUCGUGUCCAAGAAACAACUUACCCGUUGCCUGCAGUGGCUACGGGCCGGGAGACGUCGCCAAACUUCACAAACGGCUCCAAACAUGUUGCUGAGAUGAACGGAAGUCAUUGUACUGAUGUUCCUGUAACUGUUGUCAAACGGCAGACAACCGGCAUGGAAAUCCGUCAGGAAGUAGAGGCAGCGCGACCAACGGCAGUGGCUGUAGUCGGUAUUCAUGAAGUUUACAAUGAUCCACGGAACCGAAUUUUGAAUGCGAAAACAAGACUGCCUGUUGUGGAUGAAACAUCACCGGAGAAAUUGUCCUUCAAGGAUAAGAUGCGGAUGUUUGCGUCGACCGUGGGAGAAGAUCCAAAGGAUCGCAUUAUGGCAUCUAGUAAACAGAGGGAUUUGGAAGUUGCGUUUGUUACACCAUAAGGUUCGCUAGGAGUGACGUUUGUUGGAUUUUCUCGAUAAUAUUAGAAGUCUUUGAUGCACAGGACCAAGGAAUUUGCACCGCUUGACGCUCGUUAGCACAUUUUGUUAUAGGUUUUAUAUUGUUUGAUGCGUAGUGCCUAUCCAUAAUAUUUUGGUUAGAAUCUGAAAUUCAGUAAUCUCUGUCGGCGGACCAUUCUGUUUUAUAAUCGUCUACUGUAGUUCUGCUGUAAUUGUGCCUUUAACAUGUUGAAACAACACUUUUUUGUGCUU